ACUGGAUCACAGCUGUUACAUCAGUUACCAAAACUAGCUGCCGUGUUGGAAAACUCAUCCCAGGACAAGAGUACAUCUUCAGAGUCCGUGCUGAGAAACCGCUUUGGAGUAUCAGAGCCAAUUAUAUCUGAUCGUGCUGUUGCUAAAUUUCCAUUUGACGUUCCCAGCGAACCAAAGAAUGCUCGUAUUACCAAGGUUAAUAAAGACUGCAUAUUUGUUGCAUGGGAUAGACCUGACAAUGAUGGAGGAAGCCCCAUUACAGGUUAUGCUAUAGAACGUAAGGAAAGAAAUAGCCUUCUGUGGGUGAAGGCCAAUGACACUGCUGUGCGAACAACAGAAUAUCCAUGUGUUGGAAUGAUUGAAGGUUUGGAGUAUACUUUCAGAAUAUCUGCUCUAAACAGAGCUGGAUCAAGCAAACCCAGCAAGCCCACUGAGUAUGUCACUGCAAGAACACCAGUUGAUCCACCUGGAAAACCUGAAGUUGUUGAUAUCACAAGAAGCACUGUGUCCCUUGUAUGGACAAGACCAAAGCAUGAUGGUGGAAGUAAA